AUGGACCAACUAAACAAUCCAAAACUAAGAAAAACUGCAUCUUCCUUAUCCAUUCUGAGCAAAACAAGGAAAAUAUCUCAAGAGCUACAAAGACCCCUCAAAAGAGCAACAUCGUUAAGCUACAGGGUCUUCACACCAACAAAUAUGGUCAUUCCUACCUCCCUGUCUUCUAAUUCUUUGUCUGCCCAUAAUCAUAGUAUCAAUGAACCCAACACUGCGACAUUGGGUAACUUCUCCACCCGUGCCAGUAAGGCUACAAGAAGGUUCAGAAGUUUGAGGAAAUUGAAAAUUAAACAUGCCGUUGAAACUCCAAGUACAUCGCCAAUUGGCAAUUUCACAUCUAGCGCAUUUGAAGUGAAUUUGAUUUCACCUCCUUCAUCUCCAAGGCAUUUACAGGAUGAAAAUGAUGAUGAGGAGGAAUCGACGAAUGAAUCUGAGACAUCCGUUUUUUCAAACGAUUAUAAUAACUACACAGAAAUAUCUUGCGAAACAUCUCCGAUUACUAAGAGAGACUUGAGAUUCAAACCUAUUCUAGGCGACCUAAGUAACUCUUUGUUUCCUGAUGAAUUGGAUCACCAUUUGUGGGUUUUCCAAGAAUCAGCAUCUCUACGAAGACAGUCCAAAAACUGCCAUAGAAUUUUUCAAAUUCCUGAAAUUUUGGAAUUAAUUCUAAGACACGUUUCCCAUGAUUAUACAUCUAAUAUUCCUGUGGAACCAAAAUUGAAAAGACGUCCUCCUUUAUCCUAUAACCAUUCAUUGAUACUCUAUGGAGAAGAAGAUGGGGAAAAAAUAUGGAAGAGAACAAAGUCCGGGGAGAUUAUUCCAACAAAACAACGUGCUGCUAAAAAUCCAAAUGUUCAUAAUUGUUUACUGGUUAACAAAUUAUGGAACUUUACAAUGCUAUCCAUAUUAAAUGAGAAUUUAUAUUUUGAAAACACCGAAAAAUUCAAAGUUUUUGCUAGUUCAUUGGAUGUGAUCAAAAAGCAACACAGCUUACAGCCUUUCUCAAUUGUUUUGCAUAAAAUUAAAACCUCCCAAUCAUCAAUUGAACAUUUCUCCAGUGCAAUAGAUCCAUACAGAUUAUCAUGGUUGGAAAUGUACAUUUGUCAAUCCAUUCUACCAUCAAUGAAAUUGAUAACAUCAGCCUUGGAAAAACUAAUACUUCCAGGGUGUACGUAUUUAACAGACGACUACUUAAGUAACAUUAUUUUCAAAACCCCAAAUUUGAAGACUUUAGACAUACGUGCAUGUGACCAAAUAACAGAUACCUCACUGUACUAUAUAUCGCAACAUUGUCCACAACUGGAGGUCUUAAAUUGUGGUCGACAUAGACGUGGUGAACUAAUCACUGAUAUUUCCAUCGGCCAAAUAGCAAGAAACUGUCCUUUGAAAACUAUUGGAAUUGCUGGGUGUGGAAUAUCCGAUUGGUCCAUCUGGGAAAUAGCUUUGAAUUGUAGUGCUACUCUAGAGAGGUUGAGUGUAAACUACUGUUGGAAACUUACAGAUUCUGGUAUCUGUAAAGUUUUGAAGACGGGCAUGUUGGAUGGACUAAAAGUCUUGGAGAUCAGAGGUCUGAACAUCGAAAAUGUCGAAGAAUUAGUUUAUUGGGAGAGGAGAAGUGCAAACAAAGGAAACAGGAAAGUUCUCAUUGAAGCAUGUGAGAGAAUCGAUAGAAUGAUUUAUGAUUUCCAAAAGCAGUUGCAUUUGGAGAUUAAUAGAAACAUAUUGAGCGAUUUGGGCAGUUGGUUAGAACAAUCUGAUUCUGACAUUGACCAUUCGGCAUUUUUACGACGUUUUGCUGAUGAUCUAUAA